CGCCCGCUGCGUUUCUCGCGCACGGGGGGGGCGGCGCGGUGCGGUGCGGUGGUUCCGCCCGGCGCGCGGCGGCCUGCGGGCGGAAGGAGCGGCGGGGAGCGGGCCGCGGCCUGAGGGGGCUCGCCGUGAGGAGCGGGCUGAGGACGCCGCCUCCUCUGCGGCCGACGGCGCGAUGUCGGCCCCCCCGAGGAGCUACAACCCCUUCGCCGAGGAGGAGGAGGAGGAGGAGGCGGCAGUGGGGUGGGCGGCGGCGGCGGCGGGGGGCGGCGGGGAGGCGGGCGGCACCGAGCGGCAGCGGUACCUGCGGCAGGAGGUGCUGCGCCGCUCCGCCGCCACCGCCGACAGCACCGCCCGCUCCCUCUCGCUGCUUUACGAGUCCGAGCGGAUCGGCGUGGCGGCUUCCGAGGAGCUUGUACGUCAAGGAGAGGCACUGAAGCGCACAGAACAGAUGGUAGAUAAAAUGGACCAGGACUUGAAGACUAGUCAAAGGCACAUAAAUAGCAUUAAGAGUGUUUGGGGGGGCUUGGUAAACUACUUCAAAGCCAAACCUCCAGAGAGCAAGCCAGAGCAGAAUGGAACCCCUGAAUAUUACGCUAACAGUAGAUUAAAAGAAGCAAUGAUAUCUAGUAAAGGACAAGAGUCAAAAUACCAGGAGAGUCAUCCAAAUUUGAGGAAGCUAGAUAAUCCAGACAAUGAUUUCAGAGCAGAUUUAGUUUCUUCAGUGCAAACGGAUUCUUACCCGAAGAACCAACAUCUGCGAGCUUACCACCAGAAAAUUGAUAACAACUUAGAUGAGAUGUCUUCUGGGUUGAGUCGUCUGAAGAACCUAGCUCUGGGUCUGCAGACAGAAAUAGAUGAGCAAGAUGAUAUGCUGGAUCGGCUAACAAAAAAAGUAGAGACACUGGACGUCAAUAUUAAAAGCACUGAUAAAAAAGUCCGGCAACUUUAAAGGAUUUUUAGAAAUUUUUUCAUCAGCGUCAGUUCUUCUUGGAUGUCUUAUCUCAACCGGUCUCUUAAAAAAUCUUGGACAGUGUCAGUUUCUCUUUAUUCUGAUAUAUUACUGAUUUUGUUAUCAUUAAAAUUGCAUAAUCCUAAGUGCAGCAUAAUACCUUAAAUUUCUUCUUUAUGUACAUGGGAGAAGUGCGUGUUGAGUAAAACCUCUCGGCACUCGGUAGAUGCUUUUGUGCUGGACACCCUGCUCAAUUGUGUAACCGCGCGUCACGCGCAUGGAGGAACGUGCCGCUGCAAACCUUCAGCGUCCUGGGCCUGGGAGCUGUGAUGAGAGAAGGAGCUGCGUUUCGCCUCUGUUCUGGAGAGGGGGAACAGAAUGCUGCUUUGUGCAGAACAAACGUUGCUAAUUCUGUUUACCUACAGCUAUUUUAAAUUCUGAAAAAAUGCUGAUUUCCAGCUGUAAAAAUAAUUUGAAGUGACUGUUCUCUGGCAUUUCGGGGGCUUAAGGAACAAAAUGUUCUGUGGAAGUUGUAAAAUAUCAAGGGUGUUGUGCAGUAACGAUAAUAUCCUCUGUGUGUUCCCUUGGCAAAAGUCAUCUUGAGAAAAACAGUGGAUCCACAAACCGUGGGUUUUACGUUUGGGUCACUAAAUGCUGUCACCGUUAGUAUUUUCAGUAAAGAUCUCUAAGGGUAUCUUAUGGUCUGCAAGGGAUGCUGACUGACAGUGACCCAAGAAAUUUGGAUAACAAAAUCAGGACUUAAACGUAUGUUCUCUUAAAGAUUCAUUUGUAGAGAUUGUCACCAUCUGCUUUUUUAUUUUCUGCACUUUCUCAGCUUAUUCAGUGAGGCGGUCGUUUGAAAAAUAGCUUCCAUUUUAGAAAUGGAGAGUUGAUCUGAUAUUGCACAAAGAGGUCGUAGGAGAUCGUUCUUAUUUAACACUUAUUUCAGUUGUGGUUAGGUGUUGAGCAGAUGCUGUGUUUUCCUGGGUAAUGUGACUGUUUUUAAGAAACUCGGCUAUGGUUCACGUACCUGCAUUGGCUCGGCAGGCGUGGAAAGUUCCUGCCGAUAAAGAAAAGCUCAAAAAUGUUUUUGAGUCUUCCAGGCACAAAUUGGGCCUUCCAAUUUGCUUUAUUCUUUUGUAUCACUGUAGAACAAAAUAAUUGCAAUUCUGCUCCAGCCUGAAGACAUGACACUGACAACUUGCUGUCUGUCUUGAAAACAAGUUACUUGGGUUGGGAGAGGCCGAGGGACCUCUGUCAGUAUUGGGACACCCGUGUCACGACUGACAGUGAGCGGCUCAGGAGAGAGAGGUACUUUUUUGAGCUGGUGCCACGGUGUGUUAUGAAUCGAAGGAGGACCUUGGUGUUCAGGGCAAACAAGCUUGUGUCCUUCAGGAACAUCACAUGAACACCCUCCCUUUUCUGCAAGGGAUCUGUUACCUUGAGCUCGCCUGGUACAAAGUGCACCCAGUUGUUAAGGAGAUAACAGAGCAUGAGCCUUUUAUGUUUUACUUUCUCUCCUGAAAGUUCCUUUGUAGAAAAAUAAAUCACUAAAAAAGCUAAACUUGGACAUAGUAUUAUGGAAGAAAAUACUAUUCCUGGGGUUAGUAGCACAGUAGAGUUGUGAAUUAGAUGUGAGGUGAGCCUUUGUUUCCCCUUAUGCUAAUGAUGUCGUUGAUUUCAGUCCCUGAAAAAGUGUUUUGCAGGGACAUAAAACUUCAAGAGCUAUUGAGUAACUGCUUUUUAAUUUUCAGUUUGUGUCACUUAUGCUCAUUUGGAACCAUAAAAAAGCCUUAUUAAUACCAGUGUAUCAUCUAACUGCUUGAGCGUAUACCACAACUGAUUCUCUUACUCUGAUAGAAUAUUUAUGAAUGGUAUGAUGUGAUGUCUCAAGAUGGUUCAUACACUUAUUUAGUAAAUGACACAAUCAUAGUUUUCAAAAUGUUAAGUACCUCGAUGAAGGAAGAUUGAAAUUUUUAGUUUCUUAUUUCACCUUCUCCUUUUAAUGACAAGGGUGAAGAGACUUGUGUUUUCCCUUAUCCCAGUGCUGGUUAACAGAAAUGCUUGCAUCUUAGAAAGGAUGCAUAAAUUCUCUCCAGAACAGAGGACACAGAAAACUGCAGAGUAGUUAAUAACUCUCCUUUCAGUGUGAAGUCUGCCUUCACCUGGAUGCAACUAUUUAACAACUAAAUUUUUUCCGGAGCAAGAAUUUGGUAACCGGGAUGUGCACUGAGACCUCCGCUGAGCGAUGGUUAAUGGAGGCAAAACGUAGCUGGAGGAUCUGGUUGUUCAGUGUAAUAAGACGUGGAGUGUGAAUCCCAGCAAAAAUUUGUAUUGAUGUUCGGGUGAAGUGUGUUGCCUCUCUGAUGUAAGCUGUUCCAUCUUCUUAGCCUAAAUUAUUUCACAAAACGAAGUCAAGGUUUUGGUCAACUGUUUAGUUGUAUAAGCCUUAUUAAAUGUUUACUGUUCCCUGGAUAUCUUUGAUGCCUUUAAAAAGACAGGCAGAGAAGGGGAAUUAAAAAAAUGAAUCCCUGUUUCUGCUUUGAGAACCUUGUGAUCCAAACAGACUGGAAAACCAGGAUCUCAGCCAUGUGGAAUUUAAACAGGGGUCUAAUUUCUCAUCUCCUAACAGUCCCAUUCACUGUCUCAGCAAUGUAUGGUUUUGUUUGCUUAGGCUUUCCUGCUCUAUUUAUUUUUGAUUUUUUAAAAUGGUCUUGUUUUAAAGGAUUAUUUCCCACACCAGCUUUCUCUUGUGGGGAAAAAUAGAUUGUGCAUGGGUAUAAAUGGAUUUCUGCCAAAAACUGAAUUCCCUUUCUCAGCUUGCAUAUGGAUGCUUUAUGCUGAUAAAGAACUUAAGUCCAACUGACCUGAGGAGACAACACUAUUUUGUAAUAGUGAUGGACUUUCUUUGCUCGUUACAAUAACUUUCCAUCCUGCAAAAAGGAGAAAUUAGGAAAAAACCAAAACCAUUAUUUUUGCCUCUACAGGAAACGUCAUUUUGCGUGUGUUAUGAAGGAGCUAUUUCUGUAUUACUAUUACAGAAUUUCUCUGUAUUACUGUACUUACUAUUUCCCGAGCUAGAGUUUUAUUUCUUCUUGGAUACUGUUGAAAAAUUUACCUUGUGCAGGGUAUAGGACUUCCAGAAGAAAUGUAAUUUACACUCAAGCGCUAGCUUGAUAAAUGAUUUUGCCUGAAUACUCAUGCUGGCAUAGAAAUUGGUGUCCUUGCAGCAAACUAGCUCUGGUUAAUUUCAUUCUUACUGGCUUGAGUAGAGGCUUAAUAUUACGGUCAGAAGAAGAUAGGGAAAAAAAAAAAAGUCAUCUUCAUAAAAAGGGAUUGUUUUCUCAAAAUGUUUGCUAAUACAUUUUGAAAAGGUUUUUAAAUGCCAGGAAGUUGCAUACCCUUCAUAACGUAGCUAUAAGAAAACAUACUCUAAAAAUGGCAAGGAAGAAAACCGAAGUGGGCAUAACCAGUAUCUGACUACUGAUUCCUAGGUGUGUUUGAUUUUUAUAUUUCCUGAGCAUUGAAUUAAAUAUUGUAACAAAUGAUGCGUAGCUGAAUUUUAGUCUGUACUACAAACACUUGUUGCUGUGCUGAACUGUUGGCCUCCUGAAAUCGCUGGGACACAAUAUGGUGUCGGGGGGGUUUUAAUGUGUGAAAUUUGUCUGAAAUAUUUUGCUGCCUUGUUUUUGUGAAGUGAUGUCGUUUGUUAAAUGGUGAAAUAGAAAAUACUUUCCAACCACUCUGCCUUCUCGACAGAUUUUUGUAGGCAUUUUUACAAGCAUAACAUCAUGCGGAGGAUAUGUGUUAAUGUUGACUUUGAAAUACAUGGGGCUUAAUUUUCAAAAUCACAAGUAGUGAUUAUUUGCGUCUACGGCUUUCUUAAAUAGUACUUUAAUUCCGUGCCACCCAGGUAUAACACUUUUUAUACAAAUCAAAUUGAAAUAUCUUUUUCUUUUCUUUAAAUGCUAAACUGGAGUGUGGAUCGGCAAUUCAGGAGACUGAACAAAAUGAGUGUUGAAUGGUAAAGUGGUCAAUAAAGGUGCUUAUUGAUAA